AUGAUCAGAGGAGCAGAAGAGUGGGAAGUCGAAGAGAUUGUGAAAGAACGGAAAGUCGGCCGAGGGAAACAGUACUUGGUCAAAUGGAAGGGAUGGCCACAUAGCAAGAACACCUUGGAACCAUCAUGUCACCUUACCCACGCAAAGAGAGUCCUGAGAGAUUGGCAGAGGAAACAAUCCAACCCAGACACACGCAUUCGCCUCCUGCCAACGCUCAAAACUGGACACUGGGAUUAUCUCAUUCAUCGCUACAAGCCCAGAGACGAACACCUUCCAUACCCUCAACGACAACUCUUCGACCCUUAUGAGAACGUCUUCACACCCAUUGGCCUAGUCAAUGAGGACAUCGACCCUAGAGAGGGGGUAAUGUCAUAA